AUGGAUUUGAUCGCUGCAAUAUCUGAUCAGACAACGAUUGCGCAACAUUUGGUCCGUCCUAUAGUCAACAAGCAAGCUACUAUGCUCACGUAUACCGAAGAACAGGGUAACCAAACAGAACACUAUUCCACAGUUCCACGAUCAGCUUCAAUCCAUUCGACACCAAAUGCCAUACCCAAUCCGGUACAAAGUCACAUCAGCAUGUUUUACUCCCGUCGAGUGGAAACACGGCGAGCAACAAUUGCCAAAACAUUGCGCGAGGUCGUUCACAUCGCACAGGAAAUCCUUCAUGAAGUGGAGUUGCAAGAGCCCCGUUUCAUUAGCACACUAAAGCUGAUACACUCAAAUCAACUAAUCGAGCCAGGUCAAACAACUUCGUCUUUUUGUGAUGACAACGGAAAUCGCCACACAAGUACAUCCUCCGUGGGUACAUACGACGGUUUGCGUGUGCUCUCACCUAAUCGAUUUGAGGUGGCACUGUUCCUCAACCAGAUGGGUGUGUUUAACUUUGUAGAUGACGGGAGUGUUCCGGGAGGAGCGGUGCUGAAGCUGUCCGAUGGCCGAAAACGUUCAAUGUCCCUGUGGGUUGAAUUCAUCACGGCUUCUGGCUAUUUGUCGGCUAGGAAGAUUCGGGCUCGAUUCCACAGCCUGGUCGGUCAAGCGAUUCAGAAGUGCAGCUAUCGAGGCAUUUUGCGUUUGUUGGGUCAUACUAGUGAGGUGCGUAUUUGCAUCCGGGAGCGUUACAUUCUUCAAAUCACACCGGCAUUUCGCUGCAGCGGUUUGUGGCCAAGGUCAGCAAGUCACUGGCCAGCGAGCAAUCAGAUUAUGAAUAGCCAAAACGGAUUAAACUUUAUGAGCCAAUCCAUCUCGUCCGUGCUUUGGCCUUCACCACAAUUGGUAAACGAAGUGAAAAGGGAAGGCUUUUGUCUUUUGAGUCAGGAGUCUGUCUACACAAAAGACAAGCAAGCAUCUGCGGAAGGCGACGCAUGGUUGUUAGAUUUUCACGACGCUGAGGAACGUCUUUUUGCUGGCGGUGCACGAAAGCAGUGCUUGAACAUACUCAAAACCCUGGCUGAUCAACAUCUGACUGGAAUAAAUCAUGGACCCGGAAGAGGUUCAAGUGAGUCAACUGCAUUCACCCUUAAUGGACCUACUGUUACUGAGUAUGAUUUGAGGACGCUAGUUCUACAUGAAUGUGAAAAACAUCCCAGGGACGAGGAAUGGACAAUAUAUACCCUGGCUGACCGACUUAAUGGAGUUCUCUUACAGUUGAUCUCGUGUUUACAGCACCGUCGAUGCCCUCACUAUUUCUUACCGCAACUGGACAUAUUUCGAGGACAUUCCUACGCUGGAAUGGACAUCACUGCACGCCAGGCAUGGUGUUUGCUGAGGGAUUUGCUCACCUGCCCUAGAGCUUUGGAAAGACUCUGA